CGAAUACGCCAGAACAUACCGCAGUAACUUCAAGAAUAAGCCAAUUCGAGUCCCACAGUAUUCUCAAAACCAACCAUGCUACGAUAAUGCAAGUCCUCUGGUCUCGCGCGCAGGCCAGAGCGGCAUGUCGCUGCGGGUCUUGUCUUCACGCAGCCAUAGCUCGACGCACCACAACCGCAGCUGGCAGACGUCGAUUGAAAGUUUCCGAUCUAUUCAUAGCAUGUUAUUCUACAAUACUGGCAACUGCCGCCUUCGCAGAUGCUAAGGUCAAGGAGGACAGAAGGAAAGAGUGGGAUCGCGUGAUUGAAGAAGCCAAAGCCGGGAUCCCGCCAAACGAGCCGGAAUACGUCGAAGGAACGCAGUCACAGCCAAUAACAGACUCUCUGGGACCGACCAAAUCGUCCGACGGCAAGCCAAAUGCUCAAAACAGUCUGUCAAAGCCAACAUGGGGCCGAAAUGGUUGGACGGCCCCUCCUCGGAUCCAGGAGACAGCUCUGGAAAGCAAAUUGAGGAUUCUGAAUUCAAAACUCAAGGAGGUUUCUAUAUCACCAGAAUCUGUGGCUGAACAGGAGGCUGUUAAAAUAACAUCGCCAGAUAUCGAUAUCGACAAUCAAUGGGUCGAGGAGGACUGGGACCGAGAGCUGCAACCCAGAGAACCAAGAAGGCAGUUGCACCUGAGGAAAAUGGAAGAGAUGAUUGCAAAACUUGUUGAUCGACUAUUGCGCCAAACCAGCAUAUAUUCGGUUGAGAGCUCUGCAGCACCUGGGCCAAACGACAUCCGAGAGCAGAUGAAUGAGAUGGCUCAACGAAUAGGGAUGCUGAGAACGGGGUUUACUCGAUUGCCAACUUAUUCUUGGGACGAUAUGGAAUCGGUCCAAGAGCAACGCUCCGCGCUGCAUCGGUCAUUGACCGCACUUUGUUACCGAACCGACCCAAGCAAGCCAAGCAUAGAUCUCAUGCUCGCAAAAGUCUGCUACAAUUUGCUAAUCUCCACGGCACCGCCGAGUAUCUUUACUUACAAUACAUUGUUACGGGAGUUCAAUCGACUACGCCAACCCAAUCUGACCGAGAUUGUCAUCGACUCAUACUUUUACGAGAGUAAACUUAAACUUACUAGGACCACUGGUCGCCUCAUUCUGGACCAUUAUCGCAUCAAGAAGGAUCCUCAUGGGUUCAGUGCCGUUUCAAAGCGAAUGGGGGGCCACGACAAAAGCAUGCAUAUCAAGAGACGGCAUGUUGAUGUUCUUUGGAUGCAUAAGGUAAAAGAGUGGGCCAUGACGAACAGGGUCAUUCACCGAGAGGCUUUCUUAUAUCAAAAAAUGCCCCGGGAAGCUGCUAUUUUCGACUCGCUCAUUUGUGGCUCUUUAGAAAUGAAGAGAGUUAGAUGUGCAAUUCGUUAUGUCCGCGCCGCGUUCCGAGAUGGAUGGGAGGUCACAUCAGAGACCCUCUGCAAGGUCAUCAAGAGUUGUCUUGCUGAGUUCGACCGUCUGGCUGGGAUCUCCUUGCUUCGAGCAAUCUUGGGGUGGGCCAUGAAUUACGAUAUUCCUACAACUUUCUACUCGAAAAUGGUGCGGUCCCACGUGUAUAGACUCCUAAGUCUCUGUGGGAUUAGCCCGUCUCUGGGGUCAAAGCAAGGAUUGCCGUUGAGACUACCAGGAGAUUUGCUAGAGCAGAUGCUUCUCCGCAUGAACGUCGAGUCCGUUACAGAUUCUGUGGAACGAUUUGGCGAGCGGAUCUUGUUUUUAGAACACCUGUGUUGCACCAAUAGAUCUGAGACUUCAACAGGGCUUGAUUCGGCCAGCCAAGCUCUCGAAUUUCUGAAAAGGGCGGACAAUUGGGAUAGGAUACGUGCAAGGAGGCAGCACCAAGGCGCCCUUGAGGGACGUUGGACUAGAAUCCGGGCUCUGGAAUCUAUGUUGGGCAUGCAUUGGAAUAAAAUCAACGCGAGACAAGUCGAAUUGCUGCCCCUUGCUUUUGCAAGACUUACCACCGAACAGAAGAAUCAAUACCUUGAGUGGAUCAGACUGGUGGAGCAGAGAGGCGAGGCCGUAGAGACAUCGGAAAGGAUAGAGUUUCUCUCGCAUUUGGUGCGGAUGCAAAAUCAGGGCCGAAUCCCCAGAGUCAAAGCUGCUCCACCGUCUGUUCUGAGAUCAGGAUGGAAGAAACGUCUGCUAACAAAGGAUGCUAUUGAGCCACAACAACCCUCACCCUUGGUUUCCAUCUUUCCUGUCAGCACGCCCGUACACCCAGCCGCCACGGCGUGAUGAAUGAGGCUGCCAUUAUUUGUAAGGACGAUCUUGUGUAUAGAGCCUAAAGCAGGAAUUCUCAGGCGUUGGAAAUGCCAUGUAUUUAGAGGUUUGUGAUGCAUCACGGCGUUGGGGUAUUUGGAGUUCGGAGAUGGCAUUCGCAUGGAAGGGCGCUGCAUAGGCAAUCCCACUUGGGGAGAGGAUUGUACUGAGAGAAGUUGAUUUACUUGUAUGGCAUAAUAGAAACCCAUCCUAUUACAGAUAAUCGACGUGUGGUUUUGGUACUCUCCAUUCUGUCCAGGUUCAAGUUGGC